AUGUUACCAGCAGUCACUUCGUACUCGACGGGGAGCUUCCAUGGGUACUGCAACCCGGUUGUUAUCAAGGAUCGUUGCCUUCUGGAAGAAGCCAUCAAGAAUGUCAUAAGGGACCUGGCCGUGGCCACGCCGUUAAAACGCGGUCUCCGUCUUUGUACGGCGGCGACGGUGGAGGGUUUUACCCAGCACGGCACCGCUAGCUGUAGAAAGAACGUGCGGAGCUGUGCUAGUUGCCUAAAUGCUGCCAGGUCUUACCUGCUGACGACUUGCGCCGACCACCUCGGAGGUCGGACUUUUGCAAGAAAUGGUGAUUGCUAUAUGAGGUUCGAGAACUAUAUCUAUUGUGAUCAGUACUAG